CUUUAUUUACUUCCGCCGGCAUGUCUUCACUUGCCCGACUGCUUGUGCUUGCUUGCCCAGAGAAAGGCGAUCGGAAGGGGCUAUAUAAGAUGCCGAAUAGCAUGGAUUUGUCAGACAACAUUGACCACUCGACUAAUAGACACGUCGAAACAGCCUCUGGGAUAAUCAACUGUCGGUCUGAGGAAAAGUCCGCAUUUAAGGUAACUUCAGGUUAUCGGUAUUAUCGAUAUCUAUAAGGGCCUUGGCACCCAUUCUCGUGACAGAGCUACCAGUACAGCUACACCCCCAUUCGUGAUUCCACUGUUCAAAAGAUGGCAUCGGCAGUCGCAGAAACUCGCUUUGUAACUCACAGAGUUCCCAAGAAAAUGUCCAUCCGGGACUUCGUGCGUGCCAACAAGCUUGAGUUUAAGACAGGGCGCGGGUUCUACCAGCUGACCAAACCAGAGACCAUUCAGGCUUACAAGGAGGUGGUGGCAAGGCGCAAGAGUGACAGGUCCUUUAUUAGCGGCCCUGCGGUAAAAGGUGUACUGGGGAUCGAUAAAGAAGUGAGAAAAUUCACUUUAGACAGAUCUAAAUUGCCCGACUUUGAUAUCUUUGUGCAAAGCACAUCCUACAACCGGGCACUCGUCGCCAAUACCGAAUUUCUGUACGAAGUUGACGGAAGCAGUGGUCCGGUGAAACGAUCCUUGGCCGGGGCGGCGCUUUACACCGGGGAAGGAGCUUCUUCAGCAACCCCCGCUGCUAAACGCUCUCGUACAGCCCCAGCCCCGUCUCGCCCAACCGGUGUUCCUGGCGGACCCAUUGAGAUUGUCUUUUCAUUUGACACCACAGGCUCCAUGAGCAGCUGUAUUAUGCAGGUACGCCAGAGCGUUCAGGACAUGAUCCAGCGACUUAUGUCCGACAUCCCAAACCUGAAGAUUUCAGUGUUCGCUCACGGAGAUUACUGCGACGAGGGGGCCUACGGGUAUGUUACCAAGUACAUCGACUUCACCAAUGACGUCGGCAAGCUGUGUCACUUCGUUAACGACGUCGAAGGCACCGGAGGCGGUGACUUUGAAGAGUGCUACGAGCUGGUCCUGCAUCAAGUAAGAGAAGAACUAUCCUGGAGCCCUGGCUCUCAGAGAUCCCUGGUGAUGAUUGGGGAUGCCACUCCUCAUCAGCCAAACUACCAUUUGAACAAAAAGAGACUGGAUUGGAAGGUUGAAACUGACCGCCUCUUUAAUGAACUGGGUGUGAAUAUUUAUGCCGUUCAGUGUUUAAACAAUUCCGAGUCAGACAAGUUCUACUCCACACUUGCUGAGAAGACCCAUGGUCGCCAUUUGAAACUUGAUGAAUUUUCCAACGUGUUUGACUUCAUUAUGGCUAUUUGCUACAGAGAACACGGGGCAGAGUUCCUAGAGGCUUACGAGCAGGAGGUUGCCAUGCGUCGUGGAGGUUCUGGCAUGAACGCAGAACUGCACCGAAUGUUUGAAGAACUGAAGGGGGGAGAUAGCAGCGACCCGGCUGUCACGUCAACAACGCCCGACACAGCCGCUUCUGCUAAAACUACUAUAAAGAAAGCGACACCUAAAAAGGCAAUAACAAAAGGUGCAGCCAAAAAAGGUGCACCUAAGAGAAGUGCCGUAGAUGACACAGAUGCUCCUGCUAAGGUCGACAUGCCUGAGAAGAAAUCGACUGCAAAAACAACACCAGAGGCUCCCGUGAGAGAGUACCGUGAACACGUGACCGUCAACAAUUUCCUUCUCAAAAACAUGAAGUGGUCCCAAUGGAAGUUGGCAAUGGUGAAGUCCAAACCCAAGGAAAACGUGGACGCUUGGGUGCCAAGACGACAAAAACACGUCGGCUACAGAAAUGUCGAUCUUUUCCGCGACGACACACAACGCCCCGCCGUGUACGAGGUAGCGGUGCAGCCGAAAGAGCGUGCAAAGAAAUACGUCAUGUACGUCAGGCACACGGGUGGUUUUACAUCUCACGUUCACUGGGACACUUAUAUUUUACGUCAUCAAAAUGUUAUCUCGCAACUGGACGGUGUUCUGAACCAGGGCUGCAAAGUGUUCGUACGGCGGGCCUUUGUUCCAAAAAGCGUGAGGGUCGGCAGAAAAAGCUUGAAGGGUGUUGGAGAAAUUCGAUCUGCUUUGAUGGACAGAUAUAACUACGCCUGGAACAAGCGUCUUCAGGGGAAACGCCACCACAGACAAGUUAUCAAAUGUGGUGUGACGAUUUCAAGUGAGGACUAUUAAAUUCAAGUGUGUUUACCGAUUUUUGAGACAUUGUACAUUGUUCAAAUCUGAAGAAGGCAUAUGAUACAAACGGCAUUGACUUUGUUUUGCUAAUGCAGUGCACAAUCACUCUUGAAAUUAAAUGGUGGCGUCUACUAGAUUAUUUCAAUGGGUUUCUAUAUAGUCCCAUAUUAUAUGAUAAUAAUAGUAAAACGUGAAAUUUACGGUUUCCCGUACAAUUGAGUGAAACUUUAUAUCACAUCUUUGGUAUAACUAUAUAAUACCAGUAUAUUUAUUCACAUCAUUGUAAGAUGCAUUGUUUUUGCAUACAUCUGAUAAUUUAUUUUUUGUUGUUAUCGAUGUUGUUGUAUUUCUAUGACAUAUUCAUAGAUGUUAUUUCUCAUAUGAAAUUUAAAAUGUGAAUUUGUACAGAGUAUUUUUUACAAUAAACAUUACGUUUUCAUAAAACCUUAUGGUAUUUUACAAAUUUGA